UUACACAGUAAAUACAACAGACAGCAAAUAUUCCUAAUAGCUCAUGAACUUCUUAAAAGUCCAUUUUAUAAUAAAUUGCCACGAUGACAUCAGCUAUUGCUUCGCUUUUGAAUAUUUUUUUUGCCACUUACUUUUUUAAUUCGCGAUGUGUGGUGUUGGUAUCUGAUGAUAUGAAAGAUUUGGAUAUUUCCAAUGCAAAAGCUCCAUUAUUGUUAAUUAACAGCGAUGACCACAACAAUUUUACAAGUUUAUUUAACUACUCUGGAUGUCAGGAUUUUGUAGUUUUCGCAAAGGAUCCCGUAAGUUUAUUGCAAGUAAUUGAAGAACAGAUUCAGGCACAUCAAGAUAGAUUUAACGAGCGAGGUUAUGUGUUUUUGCCUAAAGAGGAUCCAGUUGAAGAUUCUUUAAAAAUAUUUAAUUUGGAGGAGAUAAGUUAUAUUAGUGAUCUAGUUGUGGUCACUUUUGAUGAAAUUUCAUUAAAUGAGCAACAUAAGAGUUUUAAUAUUUGGACGCACCAAUAUAUUGGGCAAGGUGAGAACAACAAGCCUUUGUUAAUGGAUAAAUGGUUUUCUGUAAAUAAAUCCUUCUUAUAUGAAAGAAAUUUAUUUCCUGAUAAACUAACUGAUCAGAAGGGUCGUGUAAUCAAACUUGCAGUAUUUAAUUACGAACCUUAUGUUAUUAUCGAAGAACAAGGUAAUGGCUCUUACUUCUACAUGGGUUCAGAAAUGUUAACGAUGGUCCAUUUUGCUCACCACCAUAAUUGUACAGUCCAGCCAGUUAUUAAUGAAGGAUAUUGGGGUGACAUUUUUGAAAACGGAUCUGGAAUUGGUCUUCUGGGAAAUUUGGUUGAUGACAGGGCUGAUAUAGGAGCCGCUGCUUUGUAUACUUGGGGAUUUGCUUAUAAGGCUUUGGAUUUAUCCAAGCCUAUGGUAAGAACAGGGAUAACAUGUUUAGUUCCUGCUCCAAAACUGGCAGCAGGUUGGCUUACCCCAUUCUACGUCUACGCACCCCAAACCUGGUUAGCUGUUAUAGCAACCUUUCUAUUAUCUUUAAUAACCAUCUAUUCCCUGGAUAUAUUUCAAAUUUCAAUAUACUCCAGAAGGCCUAAAAGCCUGGAUGCAUCUACAAAAGUCAAAGUAUUUGGAAAAGCUUUGAUAUCAGUAUCGAAACCUUUUAUAAUGCAAAAUGUGACUGAAAAGGAAAUUACAAAAGGAUUAAUGGGACGCUAUUUGAUGGGGCUGGUGUUUAUAACCACUUUGGUACUCAGUACCACAUACGAUAGUGGUCUUUCAACUAUAAUGACUAUACCGAAAUACGAAAACUCAAUAGAUACUGUAGAUGAUUUGGUUAAAAGUGGACUCGACUGGGGGGGUACUUCUGACGCAUGGAUCAAGUCCAUUGAGGACUCUGAGGAGCCUAAUAUGAUAAAACUGGUAUCCAGAUUUAUGGCGAAAUCUGAAGAACAUUUAAGGCGAUUGUCGUUUACUGGAAAAUUUGCACUUUCUAUAGAAAGGCUACCUAAAGAUAACUUUGCUGUUGGAUCUUAUAUCCAAGAAGACACCAUAAAGAAUUUCCAUUUGAUGACUGAAGAUUUAUAUUGGGAACAAUGUGUUAUUAUGAUGCGUAAAAGUUCCAUUUUGUUACCAUACGUCGAUAUGUUUGUUUUGAGGGCUUUUGAGGCUGGAUUGAUUUCUUUUUGGCAAAACGAGGCCGCCACCCAAUACAUGGAUCCAUACGUUCAAAAAGCCGUCAAGUACUUCGAGCACCAUCAGCAAGAACGUGGAAUCAUCAAAUUGAAAAUGUUGCAUGUACAAGGAGCUUUUGGGAUAUUAGUCCUAGGAAAUUUUAUUGCUUUAUUGACAUUUAUUGGUGAACAUUGCUAUUAUAGAUUUUUUAAUCAGUGGUUCUCUCACAACAAAUCAUUUCUCCUCAAAAACAACUUAUAUUACAAUAAAAUUCAGCAGCAAGACGGCAAAAAGAUUUUAGUUGGAGUCUUCGAUUACAGACCAUACAUCAUUAUAGAUAAAGAUAUUGCAUCAGGGCUAGAGAUUCACUUAUUAAGAGAAAUUGUUAGAUAUAUGAAUGCGACGUUGGAAUUGGUCGUCCAGGAGGACCUAUGGGGGCUAGUUCAUCCUAAUAAAACUGGUUACGGCUUAAGAGGAAAUCUUUAUUUUGAUAAGUUGGAUAUUGGAGCAGCUGGAUUAUUUAUGACCUAUAGUGCCUCAGAACAUUUUGACCAAAGCAGAGGGUAUGCUAAUGCUGAGUUAACUUGCUUAGUACCUGCUCCAAGAUUGGCAGCUGCAUGGCUUUCUCCAACAUACAGUUUCUCACCCCAUUUGUGGUUUCUUUUAUUUCUGACGUAUGUUACCCUGAUAGUGAUCGUAUAUGCUUUAAACCACUAUCAAAUGUCUAUAAAAAAACACAACAUUUCCAGAUUUAUAUCAAAAACAACCAUUCUAAUAAGCUCCAUAGAAUCAGUAUGCAAGCCUCUACUGGGCCACAAUUUUUCCAGAAAAAAAUAUUAUUUCAAGCCCCUAAUGGGAUUGGUGUUGCUAAGUACAUUAAUCGUUUGUACAGCGUAUGUUGCUGGGUUUGCUAGUGUGCUAACCAAACCGAUUUAUGAGACUUCUAUUAAUACUAUGGAGGAUUUUUUAAGUAGUGAUAUUUCUUGGGGUGGAGUCCAGACUGCCGACUACAUUAUGAGUUGGGCAAGUUCAGAACAGGAAUUAUAUAGGAAAGCAGCCGAGCGAUAUGUUGCCACAACCCCCGCACAUUUGGAGUAUAUUUUCAGGCAUAAUAGAAAUUUUGCUUUUAAAGUGGAACGUGUUAAUGGUCAAUAUCAUAUCGACUCAUACAUACACGAACAAUCAAUGAAGUACUAUAUGACCAUGAAGGAUCCCAUACAAACCCAGUAUGUAGUAUUGAUAUUUAGGAAAAAUUCUAUUUUAUUACCUGUGGCAAAUAGGAUUAUUGAAAGGCUUGUGGAUAGUGGAAUUAUACUUUAUUGGACUAACGAGUAUUCAGGACAUCAGGACUACGUAAUGAAAAAAAAAUUGCAAUAUGCUCAUGUCAGACGAAAUAACGAGAACGUGGCAAUCACCUUGUCCCACGUGGUUUCAGCGUUUUUCAUUAUUGGUUUCGAUCAUUCUUCAAAAUUCAACUACUCCGGUUCCGAUAUUCGACUGUUAGAAGAAUUUGCAAAUCGUUUAAAUGCCACUUUGGAAAUAAAAAUGUGUAAUAGUGAAUUCUGGGGCUACGUAUACAGAAAUGGUACUACAGGAGGCUUAAGGGGAAAACUGUAUCAUGAUGAUAUUGAUAUCGCUGCUGCGGGGUUUUUUGUAUCUUAUGUACAUAAAUUUGACAUCACUGCCCAGUAUCAUCUUACUGAGGUAAAAUGUUUAUUACCAGCACCAAGUUUAAUAAUCCCAUGGUUCACUCCUUUUGCUGGUAUUUUAUUAUGGUCUAUAUGUCUAAUCAGCUUCACUUGUAUUGCUUUAACGACAAUUUUAGUGUUUUGUGUUGAAAAGAACAUUAUUAAAAAAAAGUUUAAGAUUAGCACAACUACUCUUAGAAACGGUAUAGUUUUCACAUCUUUUGCAACGACUUUUAAGCCGCUUCUCAGGCAAACGAUAAGAUCUAACAGCAUUAUAAACAGGGCCCUAAUGAAGUUAGUUUUGCUGAGCACGAUAUUGAUUUUGGAGUCUUAUAAUGCCGUAUAUAUUUCUGCGCUUACAAAACGUAAUUAUGAAAAGUCUAUUGAUACUUUUGAGGAUUUCCUGAAUAGUGAUGUGAAGUGGGCGGCCGUCCAUGGUGGAGCUUGGGUCGAUCAAUGGAGAAAUUCAAAAUGUGUAAAACUUCAAAACGCUGCUAACAGGUUCGUGAAGGCUAACAUUGAAGCAAUGCUUAAAUUUUCUGAAGAAGGGAAAGUUGGACUGGCUAUCGAUAAGCUUAAAGCUAAGAAAAAGCAUUUUCAGACAAUGGUUCUGGAUGGUGUAGAGGGUACAAUAAUAAACCAUUUUUUUGGUAAAUUUAAUUUAACUUGGAAUCCGAUUUGGGUGAAAAAAGAGUAUUGGGGAGACGUGUUCGAUAAUGGAUCCAGUUACGGCUUAAGGGGGGAGCUCUUUAAGGAUAAAAUCGAUUUGGCAAUUGCUGCCAACUUUAUGACCGAUAGAAUGUACAGGUUUUAUGGCAUGACGGUACCGAUAUUACGAGUGGGGAUCACAUGCUUAGUACCAGCUCCAAAGCCUAUACCUAGUUGGCUUACCCCUUGGCAUGUCUAUAGUAAGCUAUUAUGGUUAGUGAUUAUUUUGGCUUACCUCCUAAUAGUUUGUGCAAUUUUAUGCGUUUAUUGGACAACAGAGUCCUGUACUCGCGAGGACUUUCGUGAGAAUGGAUUUUAUAAGAGAUUGUCAAACAUUGGCGAAACUGUUUUUAUAGUGUUCACCCACCAUUUUACUAAAAAUGGGAUUUUGCGAGGUCACACCAGGAACAUUUUUGUGACUUUGACUUUGUUCGUCACGUUUUUCUUGAGCAGGUGCUACGAGAGCGGUUUAUCAUCGAUUAUGACAAUUCCCAGUUAUGGAAGUUCAAUAGAAACCAACCACGACUUUCUAGAAAGUAACAUUUCUUGGGGUGGCAUUCAAGUUGCCGAUUGGAUAAUGCAUUGGCAAACAGACAAAGAGGAAAGGUACAGAAGGGCUCACAGAAGAUACGUGGCAGUAUCAUCUCAAAAUGUCCUCAAAAAACUUAUGGCAGCUGGCAAUUUUGGGUUGCUCAUCGAGAGAAUUUCACCUGACAUUUUUCAUUUUCCAUUUUCAAACCUAGAAAAUGCAAAAACUCUGAGACUUAUGAAAGAGGACAUACAAUGGGAGUAUACGGUGAUUUUUUUACGUAAAAGUGCCCCUCUGAUUCCUUAUUUGGAUAAAUUUCUUUUGGAGCUAAAGGAGGGAGGAAUUAUUAAAUAUUGGCUUGAUGAGGCUGCAGCUAAAGUUUUACCUCGUACAGCCCAAAAAGAAGUAAGACGGUUGUCUCUACACUACGAGCCCGUUGUGGAAAAAUUAGUGCAGCUUAAAUUAGUACACGUAGCUGGAAUAUUCGGGAUCAUGGCUGUUGGCAAUUUGUUUGCUAUAGUAGCUUUUUUAUUAGAAUUAAUUUAUUAUAAGAGAUUUUCGUAAAAAUUA